AUGAGCAGAGCCGGUGUUCAUGCAGAAAGUGGUCUUAAUAAUGUGUCUCCUUUUCUUAUACAAAGAUCCAUUGAUGCUGUUGCAGGAAAAGUUAAAUAUUGCAAAAAAUUAAGAUCUGGACAACUACUUAUACAGUGCUUCAAUGGAAAACAAGCUAACAAACUAAUAAAAAUAUUAAGUUUAUCUCUUGAUAUAUUCGUGAAAGUAGAAGAACAUAAUUCACUCAAUAAAUCUAAAGGAAUUUUUUAUUCCAAUGAACUACGGAGUUUAUCUGAUGAAGAACUUUUGUAUGAAAUACGUGAACAAAACCCCAACGUCAUAGAAAUUAAAAGACUCAAAAGAAGAGACCCCGAAAGCAGAACACCGACAUCAACCGAUAUUGGAUUGUAUAUCACAACAUUUAACGUAAGCGAAUUGCCGGACAAAAUUUUACUAGGAUACAUGUACACUACAGUAAAGCCAUAUAUUCCCAAUCCUCUUCGAUGCUUCAAAUGUUUCCAGUUUGGCCAUGUGUCAGAUGAAUGUAAAUCACAAGUAAAAAUUUGUCCACAUUGUAGCAACAUUGAACAUACUCCAAUCGACGAAACUGGCAAACGAGAAAAAUGCAAUAAAGAAGCAAAAUGUGUAAAUUGCCAACAACCUCACAACAGCUUCUCUAAACAAUGUGCUAUAUAUAAAAGAGAAUAUGAUAUACAAAAAAUUAAAGUAACACAGAAAAAAACAUUAACUGAAGCACGAAAAGAAUAUGAUAAACAAAAUCAACUACCAACAACAUACGCAAACGCAGUCAAACCAUGCAAUUGUAAAUGCAAAUGUCAAGAAGAAACAAAGACUAUUAACACGAAUGAAAACGAGAAAGAAAAAAUAACAGCUGAUUUCACCAUAAAAGCAACACCCAAUUCUCCAGUACGACAAAUAGUUAAACUUGAUGGAUCCAAAAUUGAUUUGCUGCCAAAAAAUAUAUCAAAGAGAAAAAAACGAGAACUAACAAGUGCCGAAAAAAAGAUGAAAGAUAAUUCAACAAAAGCAUUAUCAAUGACAAAUGACAGCCUAAAACAAAAUAACGAAGAUAAUAAAGAUGACUCCAGCGACUCUACCUUAAAUGAGUAA